UCUCUCCAACCUUCCGUUUUGAAACACUGUGAUUAACCAAGUUUCAUGCUAAAACUGAAUUGCGCUCUGUUGAGGAAAAAGAAAGGAGUUCUUUCAAGUACUUUGGUUGCUGUUGUGCAAGUAAUUUAUGAGGGUAUUUUGUUUGUUUGUUUGUUUGUUUUGACUAUAUUUUUGAAUACCUAACUAUCAAUUCCAGUUGUCAUGUGCCUUGCUUCAUUCUUGUCGUGAAAAAGGCGAAGUUUUUACUUUAGUUAGACGAUUCUUGCAUUCAGUUAGUGUCUAAUGAUCUUUAAGUUUUGACUUCACCUAACGUUCUAGCGGUUUGAUUGACUGGCGGGUGUGUGCUGGUUUGUUUGUUUGCUUGAUGGGGUUAAGUAUUGUUUAGCAUUUAUAUAAAGUUAAUGAUUCCAAUACUAUAUUUCUGAGCCGUCUUUGAAUUCUGAUUCUGGCAAGUGGGAAUUGUUGCUCAACGUGUCAAAGUUUCUGGGUUCUUUUGGUUUUACUUCUUGAUUAAGAAUUAGUGAAUAUGGGUUGAAUGUCGGAAUUUUUUAUUGAAGGGUUUUAGAGUUGUGAGUUUAGUAAGUCACCGAUUAUUGCUGGUUGAGAUGGAGGAUUUGGUAUGAAUGAUUGCUUUAGAAUUAUGACGCAUUGUUAGAGGGCUUUAGAGCUGUAUGUUUGGUUCUUUACUGUAGUAUUGCACUUUUUGAGUUUUAAUAAGUGCUGUUAAAUUGAAAAAAGUUGGGUGCCGAGAAUUGAAAUUUGGGGGCUGGCGGAGUUUAGUUAUUGAAGCUGUGGUUUGUAAAAUGGGGAGCAAUGGGUUUAAUCAUCCAUUACAAAAUUCAGAGAAGGGGGAAAGUGUUAGCCGGAACAAGAAAUUAAAGGAGUUGGAGCAGACUGAUGGGGCUGAUGAAUCAAUCAAAGUGGAUUAUUUGUCAUCAGAAGAAGACUCCAGUGCAGGCUCAUUUGGUGAGGAAGAAAAUCAGGGGACAAGUUCAUCAAAGCAGCCAUCAGUUUUGGAGAUUUUCAAGGCUAGAGACUGGAGUGUUAGUUCUUCACCUCGACGAGGCUUGGAUCAUUGCACCACUGCACCUAUAACUUCUCGUGACAAUCCAUUAGUUGAUGAUGAUGAGAUCAUAUAUUCAAGGUCCUUGACAGAAAAGAAGACGGUACCAAGGCAUGACCUGAAAUUGGACAGACUAUCAGAGCGUGAAAAGAAAAAGCUGAUUGUGGAACUAGUCAGGAUCCAAAAUGAUGGCACAGUUGAAGUUGAUUUAGAUAAGGGCAAACCUGUAGCUUCAGAACUAUUAGAGUUUCAGCCUGUUGAAGUGACACCUGUCUCUUUUGAGAAUACCAGUUUUUAUGAAUUAAAAAAAUCAAUCCCAAGAUUGAAGAUUGCCAUGCUUGUUGUUGGGACAAGAGGAGAUGUACAGACAUUCCUGGCUAUGGCUAAGAGACUUCAGGAGUUUGGUCACCAUGUUCGGUUGGCAACACAUGCUAACUUUAAAAAUUUUGUGAGGUCAGCUGGUGUAGAGUUUUUUCCUUUGGGUGGUGAUCCUCGGAUUUUAGCUGGAUAUAUGGCCCGGAAUAAAGGUCUGAUCCCUUCUGGACCAGGAGAAAUAUCGGUACAAAGAAAGCAACUGAAGGCCAUUAUAGAAUCUCUUUUGCCGGCAUGCACAGAGCCAGAUAUGGAAACUGGUGCACCUUUUAGAGCUCAGUCAAUUAUUGCAAAUCCUCCUGCUUAUGGGCAUGCACAUGUUGCUGAAGCUCUUGGUGUACCGCUUCACAUUUUCUUCACAAUGCCAUGGACGCCAACUUAUGAGUUUCCUCAUCCACUGGCACGGGUACCCCAAAGUGCUGGAUAUUGGCUUUCAUAUAUAGUAGUGGAUUUACUGAUAUGGUGGGGCAUAAGGAGUUAUAUUAAUGACUUCAGGAAAAAAAAGUUGAAGCUUCCUCCUAUUGCAUACUUCAGUACAUACAAUGGAUCAAUAACUCAUUUACCAACUGGCUAUAUGUGGAGUCCUCAUCUUGUGCCAAAGCCAAGUGAUUGGGGACCUCUAGUUGAUGUUGUUGGAUAUUGUUUCCUAAACCUUGGGUCGAAGUAUCAGCCACAGGAAGAUUUUGUUCAAUGGAUUGAAAAGGGACCAGAACCUAUAUAUAUUGGGUUUGGUAGCAUGCCUCUUGAUGAUCCCAAGAAAACUACAAAUGUUAUAUUGGAGGCACUAAAAGAUACGGGACAAAGAGGAGUAGUUGACCGAGGUUGGGGAGAUCUUGGAAGUUUGACAGAAGUUCCUGAUAAUAUUUUCCUUGUUGAGGACUGUCCUCAUGAUUGGUUGUUUCCUCAAUGUUCAGCAGUGGUUCAUCAUGGUGGUGCUGGAACAACAGCAACAGGACUAAGAGCUGGGUGUCCGACAACUAUUGUUCCUUUCUUUGGAGAUCAGUUCUUUUGGGGUGAUAGGAUAAAGGAGAGAGGGCUUGGACCUACACCGAUACCAAUUUCUCAGCUUACUGUCGAUAAUCUUUCAAAUGCUAUAAGAUUUAUGCUACAGCCCGAGGUGAAAUCUCGAGCAAUGGAGUUGGCAAAGUUAAUAGAGAAUGAAGAUGGUGUUGCAUCUGCAGUUGAUGCAUUUCAUCGGCAUUUACCUCCUGAGCUACCGCUGCCUCCCCCGUCACCGGAGGGAGAUGAUGGCCCAAACCCUGUUCAGUGGUUCUUUAUUCAACUAGGAAAGUGGUGCUGUCAGCCUUGUGGUGGUGUGUAAACUUCAUAGUGAACUUAUAGCUUGAUAUAGUUAGGCAUUUUUUCUCAAUUAUUCUAUUGCUAUCAUCUUAGUUGAUUCAUUCAUUUCAUUGGCAGUUUUCUUCUAUCGGCUUCGUUUCCUUAAUGUAUCUCUUAUACCUGUUGGAUUGACAGAGAAAAAAGAUAUACAAGUGCAUAACAGUGUAGAUUUGUCUCAUAAACAAUAUCACAUUGCUUGUCUUUAUUCA